UAAAACUUAUCUUGUGGUCACACCGGUUCCCUGUACAAAUGUACAAAAAAUAAAUAAUCAUCCCAUCACGCAGAUACAAAUUUGAGGUUUUACAUAUAAAAAACUUGCUAAGAAUUGGGUGUGAAAAUACAAACAAUUUGCAAUGAAUUUGACGGAUCAGAAUCCGUACGGCAACGGCCUACUUUAUGCUGGCUUUAACCAGGACCAAGGAUGCUUUGCUUGUGCCACUGAUACCGGAUUUCGGGUAUACAAUUGUGAUCCACUGAAGGAAAAGGAACGUCAAUACUUUCCCGAAGGUGGCCUUAGUCAUGUUGAAAUGCUCUUUCGUUGCAAUUAUCUGGCACUGGUUGGUGGGGGCAUUCGACCUCUGUAUCCACCCAAUAAAGUGAUCGUCUGGGAUGACCUGAAGAAAUCGCCGGCCAUUUCAUUGGACUUUAAUCAGCCGGUGCGUGCGGUACGUCUGCGACGUGAUCGCAUCGUUGUUGUGCUGGAGGGCGUGAUCAAGGUGUACACAUUCACACAGCAGCCACAACAGUUGCAUGUGUUUGAGACGAGCGCCAACCCGAAUGGCCUGUGUGUGCUCUGUCCGCAUAGCAAUAAAAGCCUACUAGCAUUCCCGGGUCGACGAACCGGCCAUGUACAGAUCGUUGAUCUUGCCAACACAGAGCGUGCCCCCUUGGAAGUGAUCGCUCACGAGGCAGCAAUAAGUUGUAUUGCUCUCAAUUUGCAGGGCACACGGUUGGCCACCGCUGGUGAGAAGGGCACGCUAAUUCGCAUCUUUGAUACGGAGAAUGGCAAAAAGGUGUCGGAACUGCGGCGUGGAAGCAAUCAUGCUAAUAUAUUUUGCAUUAAUUUUAAUCAUCAAUCCACUAUGAUUGUGGUGGCCUCUGAUCAUGGCACCAUUCAUGUCUUUAACUUGGAGGGCAACAAGCCGCAGCAAUCGUCACUUCCCAUUUUACCCAAGUAUUUCUCAAGUCAAUGGAGCUUUGUGAAAUUCUCCAUACCACAAGGACCUCGCUGUAUAUGUGCCUUUGGCGCCGAUUCCAAUUCGGUUGUGGCAAUUUGUGCCGAUGGACAUUACUAUAAAUUCCUAUUCAAUAGCAAAGGCGAAUGCAGUCGGGAUGUUUGCACGCAGUUCCUGGAGCUCCAGGAUGACGAAACUUAAAGUUGAACAAUUUUACUCUCUGACGCCUGUCCUCUAAUUGCAUAUUAAUAUCUACAUAUACAUACAUACAUAUAUACAUAAAAGAAAAAUGUGUUAUACAAAAUUAUACUUAAGCAUGCUUUAAACAAACGUUACAAGUCGGAAGUUCACAUAAAAAUCUAGUUAACAAA